AAGUCAAAAACAGCAGGUUAUGGAAAUGAACAAGGAGCGAAAGAUUGUGGUGGCGGUCGAUGAGAGCGAGGAGAGCAUGUAUGCACUCAAAUGGUGCAUCGCCAAUCUCAUGUCCCAUGAAGAAAACUACAAGCUUGUGCUUCACUACGUCAAGCCACCUCUUCCUGCUCUGUACUCUUACUUCGACGCCGCAGGGCUUAUAUUUGCCGGUGAUUUUGUCCUGGCUAUGGAAAAGUACGGCAGGGAAUCGGCUAACUCAGUAAUGGAAAGAGCUGAAGCUGUUUGUAGGACAUCGAACACCACCAAUAACAUAAAUAUGGAGCGAGCAGUAGGGACUGGAGACGCAAAGGAUGUGAUAUGCAGUACAGUGCAGAAAGUGAAGGCUGACAUUUUGGUCAUGGGAAGCCAUGGUUAUGGAUUCUUAAAGCGGGCACUCCUAGGAAGCGUCAGCGAUCACUGUGCCAAGCACGCCAAGUGUCCUGUUGUGAUUGUAAAGCACCCGUGAGGCAAAUCUCUUCGUUUGUGGCCCUUCUUUCUCUGCGUACGUUGCUUCUCCGGAAGCAGAUUUGUGCGAUCACCUUCGGCUUGUUUGGCUUACUUGUCCUGUCCUUAUGUAUUAUAGAGGUCACUUGAAUGUAACAGAAAAUAUGGAGUAAGCAGAUAGAUUAGAGAUCAGUUGAGUGCACAGUGAUAAUAAUGAAAUAGCCAGCCCGCGUUUCCUUUAAUUUCCUACGGGGUCAUAAAAAUAAAUAUUUCAU